CCUUCCAGCGCUCACCUCCCAGUCCUCCCUCCGGCACCCCGCCCCAGCCCUGCGUCCCCCCCACCCCCCGUAAGGGGAGUCAAGUGGGAGUCGAGGGGUGGGAAGCAGGCGGGAGCCGCUGGAGGGGGUGGAAGGGGAGGAGGAGGAGGGAUCGCACUGCCCGAACUGUCCGGCGUUGUGGGCUCCGGACCUGCCCCUCGGUUGUGCACUUGCUUGCACUUGGCCGCGACCCCGGGGGGUCGCUGCAGGUUGUCCUCCGCGGCACCGGGGCUGCUGGAUGUCCCAGCGGCGGCGUGGGCCAAGAUGAUCCUCGAGGAGAGCCCAGACGGUGAGGGAGGCGGCGACGAUGGCUUUUUGCUUCAGCCUGCGGACGGGGGUAGCGUCCGAAAGGGCUGCAACCCCCUGUUCCAGACUCAGAGGAGCCGCCUGCAGAACCACAGGGCCAGGAUCAACCAGCAGAUCAACAAGGAAAUGAGGAUGCGCACAGGGGCGGAGAACCUCUUCAAAGCUACCACCAACCACCGAGUCAAGGAGACCGUCGCCCUGGAGCUGAGCUAUGUGAAUUCUAACCUGCAGCUGUUAAAGGAGGAGCUGGAGGAGCUGAACAGCAGUGUGGACGUGUACCAGACUGAGAGCGAAGGCAUCAGUGUCCCCAUGAUCCCACUGGGGCUGAAGGAGACCAAAGACUUGGAUCUGGCCACACCCUUGAGGGAGAUGAUCUCAGAACACUAUGGUGAGGACAGCACCUCCUAUGAAGUGGAGAUCAAGAAGCUUAUGGACCUGAGACAGGCCAUCAGAACCCCUAGUAGGAACGAGGCAGGUCUGGACCUCCUUAUGGAAUACUAUAACCAUCUCUAUUUCCUGGACAUCCGCUUCUUUUCUCCCAAUAGAAACCUUGGAGUCUUCUUCCACUGGUAUGACUCCCUCACUGGGGUCCCUUCCCACCAGAGGACCCUAGCCUUUGAGAAGGGGAGUGUCCUUUUUAACAUUGGUGCCCUUUAUACCCAGAUUGGGGCCCGGCAGGACCGGGGCACUAGGACAGGCAUUGACUGUGCCAUUGAGGCCUUCCAGAGAGCGGCAGGUGCCUUUAACUACCUGAAGGAAAACUUCUCUAAUGCUCCAAGCCUGGACAUGAGUGUGCCCUCUCUCUCAAUGCUGGUUCGGCUCAUGACUGCCCAGGUCCAGGAGUGCGUCUUUGAGCAGCUUACUCUGUCUGGGACCCCUCGAGAACCUCUCUCCCAGAUGAGACUUGCCCAGGAAGCAGCCCGGGUGGAGGAUGUGUACUCCCUUGUGUACCAGACCAUGGUCCAGCCGCCUGUCAGAGACUAUGUGCCCUUCUCCUGGACCACCAUGGUGAAUGUCAAGGCCAAACACUUCCGAGGCCUAUCCCACUACUAUGCUGCCAUUGCCCUCUGUGAUGGGCCCCCUGUAGCAGACUCCGAGAUCCCCAAAUAUGAGAAAGCUUUUCUCCAAUUCCACGUCACGGUGCCAGAGGGCCCUUUGCUGCCUGUUCUGCUUCAGGACUCAGAGGAGCGGAGAAAACUCGCGAAGGCACACCUGCGGAAGGCCAUGAUGAAUCACGAAGAAGCCUUGUGUCUCCACGCGGUCUGCCGCAUCCUUCGAAAGAUGGACCUGUUGCAGGAAGUCGUGUCCCUGGCUCACAGGCGCUCCCUGGCCAAGUACUCAGAGAUCGACCGUGAGGAUGACUUCUUUGAGACUGCCGAAGCCCCUGAAGUCCACCCCAAGACCCACCAGAAGCCAGAGAUAAAGACGCCCAACUUCUCCCAGGUGAAGGUGACAGACAUCUUCCACCGCUUGGGGCCUCUGUCCGUGUUCUCUGCCAAGAAUCAGUGGAGGCUGAAGGGGCCCAUACACCUGACUCGAGGUGAAGGUGGCUUUGGAUUCACUCUCAGGGGAGAUUCUCCUGUUCUCAUUGCAGCUGUAAUCCCUGGGGGUCGGGCUGAGGCAGCUGGACUGAAGGAGGGUGAUUACAUUGUCUCUGUGAAUGGGGAACCCUGCAAGUGGGGGAAGCACUCAGAGGUGGUGGCCCUGCUGACAGGCGUGGGAGAGGAAGGUGUGGACAUCGAGGUGGUCACACCCCAGCGAGAGGAGCCGCUUGGCCUGGUGGAUAAGAAGGCGACUACCUUGUCCUCAGUCGGGCUCUUGCGCAGUGACAAGGAAAAUGGUGGGCACGUCACACUGUCUGGGCCUUUCCUUGGCUGGAACAAGAAGGCCAAGUGGGGCCAGGGCCUGAGGCGGCUCCAGCCUUUCUCCCCAUCAGCAGACAACACACCGGCUUCCCGCUGAGGCACCUGCUCUAGGACGUCUUCCUUGGUCCUCCCCAAAGGGCUGGUGAACGAGGCCAGAAGCACCCCCUGCCCUGGCUUGGGAGCCCCUAAGAGGCAGCUGACUGGCUUCUGGCUAGUUAUGGGAACGGUCCCUGAGGAUUUAUCUCCCUCUGGGCUCAGGCAGGCCCUGCAGAACCUCAGGGUUGUUGGUGGCUGGCCCAGGCAUCUUUCCCAGCUCCAUUUUCCUCCGCCCACAGGUGUUGGGGAUGGGAGGAGGUCCUAGGAUCUCUUCCUCUAAACUUUGUAAACUUUGAAGCACUAGAGAAAUGAGCCCUGUUCUUACUAUUCUCCUGAGACUUGGUGAUACAGUAGAGCUAACACUCGCACUUGUAGCCGGCAGACCUGGAUUCAGAUCCUGGCUAUGCCACUUGCUAGUUGUGUUACCUUGAGUAAGUCACUUCCCCUGCUCAGGCCUCAGUUUCCUUAAGUGCUGUAGAAAUGGAAAGGGCCGAUCCCAAAGGUUCAGAUUGGUGAGAGCUCAUAUUUCUGUAGCCUAUUAAAAUGUACAUAGCACUUUCCUGAGAAGGGAAUCCUAGGAUUAUUAUCUAUUUUACAAAGAAAGAAAAUGGGCCAAGAGAGAAGAGAGAAGUUACUUGUUCAGGGUCCUCCAGCUAGUUACAAAAAUGAGUCUUCUGGUUCCAAGUCCGGGCUCCGUGCUUCUGCCCUGAGAUGCUCGUCAGACAGGCCACAGCUGUGGGGGCUUCUGCCCCAGAGCUGCCAUCCUCCUCAGGAGGAAGAGUCCUCUUCCUCCUCCUCUGGAAGAAGAGUCUUCUUCCUCCUCCUCCCCCUCUCCCUUCCCCCUUUCCCUUCCCCCCUUCUCUUCCCCCUCCUCCUUCCCCUCUCCCCUCCUUCUCCUCAUCCCAGAGGUUCAGCCUCACAGACUCUGAGCAGGAUAAGAGUCAGCCUCUGAGACGGCCUUUUGCAGGUCCCAUGUGGGGCCCUCGUCCUGCUGGGUUUUAAUUGAGGGCCCAAAGGAGGGGGCUUAGUGAACCUGGAGCCCCAUCCUGUCCCUUUGCAGAAGAAACAGAUCCAGGACAGGGAACCAACUGCCCAGGGUGACGUGGUGAGUUAGAGGCUGAUGUAGAACUGAGACCUGGGUCUCCUGACCUCAGGCCUGGUGCUCUGCACACUAGUUACAUUAAUAGGGAAUUGUGCCCAGUAAACAUUUGCAGUGGGUGGGGGGUGGUGUAUUGGAGAGGGAGGGACAGGGGAAUGGGCCCUGACCCUGGACAAGUCAACUCUCUCGGCCUCAAUCUCCCCCUGUCAAAUGAGGAAGUUGGAUUUCUUCAUCUCUAAGGGUCCAAGGAGUCUUGUCUUGAGUUCUCCUCUCCCCUAAAUCCAUACUCUGUCCUAUCCUUCAAGGCUUAGCUCAGGUGUCCCCUCCAGGAAGCCCUCCAUGAUUACCCCAUUCGAAGUGAUCUCUCCCUCCUUGGAUUUCAAAGUCCUUGGCCUGGUCUCCAUUACACUGUCAUUGUAUCAUACUUAUUUCUGUAGAAGCAGUGGCCUUUUAGACUGAGCUUCUGGACGGCAGAGAUGUGGGUAGUAGGCACUUAAUAAAUGUUUGCAUUAAAUGGAA